UACCUGUAGGUUUUUACUGUCCAGAGGGGACGGCUUAUGAGUGGAAAGCUUGUCCACCAGGCACUUAUAGCCCAGACUCUGGCCUGAGUGAGCUCUCCCAGUGCAUGGAGUGUGAUGGAGGACACUACUGCGCUUACCAGAAUGCUACAUCUGUCUCUGGAUUGUGCUCUGCAGGAUAUUACUGCAUACGUGGAAACACCUCACCGCAGCCACUCACCUUGUCCACAGGAGAUGGUGGACCUUGUCCUGCAGGUCAUUUCUGUCUAGAAGGCACCAGGGACCCCCAGCCUUGUCCAGCGGGGACGUUUAGUAAUAGGACCAAAUUAACUUCAGAGGACAAGUGUGUUCCCUGUUCUCCUGGUCAUUACUGUGACACACCUGGGCUGACUGCUCCCAAAGGGGAAUGUUGGGAGGGUUUCUACUGCAGCCAAGGAGCUUUGCUGCCCAAUUCUUUAAUCAGGGACCACAGAGGAGGGCCAUGUCCUGCAGGUUAUUUUUGUCCUAGAGGGUCCAGUGUGCCUCAGUCCUGUCCACACGGAUCCAUCAGCAACAAUGAGGGCCAAGCCAGCUGCAGCCCCUGUCCCCGCGGUUACUACUGUCUGGCCUACAGCUCUAUCACUGAAGGCAGAGACUGUCCAGUGGGUCAUUACUGUCCCACAGGCACAUCCCUGAAAAAUCAGUAUCCCUGUCCUGCAGGGACGAUUAAUCCCUAUACAAGAAUGGGCAGUGCAGACGACUGUUUACCAUGCACACCAGGUACAAUACUUCAAGCGUGAU